AUGGACGGGAGGGUGUUUCCAGAGGAAAAGUGGCAAAAGAUUCUCGGUGCCCCGGCAACGGCGUCAGAGAAGAUGCAGGAGUUUAUCCUGUACUUCGUCAAGAAGGACAAGACGACGAAGAGAUCGACCAAAAAUAAGAUCUUCUCCAUCCCGGCUUUAAACACAGAGAACAAGUCGACGAGGAGCAAGGGGAGGUCGUCAAAGCUGAAGGAUACAGUUGGCAACGCCUACGUGGGGGGGCAAGAGUGAAGGCGGUGGCCCUGAACAUCUGGGACAUGGUCGAAGGGGCGGGGUCGAUGUCCGAGGAACAAGUGGUGGACAUGGUGACGAGGGUAGGAGCAUCGACGCCAGUUAGCAUGGCAAAUGCUACCGGAGGGGCUAAACAUGCCAACAAAUCCGCAGGCCCGACGAAGUGACUCCAACAUCACAGCUCCGACGCCGUCGCCGACGAGCCGUUUUACACCGUGCAUGCCCACGGAGUGGAUCUGCCUGUGUCA